AUGCGUGGAUUAAUUAUCUUAUGCUUGGUAGCCCUUACCUGUGCCGAUAAAUUGGGCUACAACUAUCAACCUGUCGAACAUUCAGAUGAUGGCCUCUCAUUUACACCAGGACUUUCACAAGAUGCUUCCAACUUGCUUGCCCAGACACUCGAGACUCCUGCACCACAACCUGCUCAACUAAUAUCCGAGUUCAAAAAAGAGUUCUACUCAUAUGCUGCUCCUGAAGAUGCUUUCGAUGAUAACGAUGCGGCCAAUAAAAUUGCUGGUGCUUUGAAAAAGAAUUUACGUGUAGUUUUCAUUAAAUCACCUGAGAACAAAGGAUUUGAGGAUGCAGCUCUUAAAUUGGCAAAAGAAGGUGCUCAGGAACGUACCGCUAUUUAUGUUCUUUCUAAGCAGUCUGAUAUCGGUGAUUUGGCCAACAAAUUGCAAAAUCUUAAAUCUCAAUCGCAAAAUAAACCUGAAGUACAUUUUGUUAAGUAUCGCACCCCUGAAGAUGCUGCCAAUGCUCAAAAAGCCAUUCAGGAGCAAUACAACUCCUUGCCCGGAGCCUCACAAACUGUAAAUGGUGGUGAUGCCUCCGUUUUGAAUUUUGCCUCCAGAGCGCCAGUGUCUGCCGGUCAUAUACCAGCCGGUCCUGGACAUCAGUAUUUACCAGCUAAUCCCAUACCAACUGCUGAUUAUUUACCACCUUCGUUGCGUCGUUUCCGCUUCCGUUUGUAA